GUGUUGGAGUUUUUUAAGCCGUUUAAAACACUCGAGAUCGUCUCUCUCGUGUUUAAAACUAUACUUAAAAACCGUUGAAAUCAAUAAACAAAACUAAUUAACGAAAAGUCAAUCAAUUCACUUGGCAAGUCACUCAUUUAUUGUUUUAAAGUYUUAACUUCUYUUUCAUUUCAUUUGUAACACCUACUGAAAAGCGCGGGAAAAGUUUGAUGCGCGCGCGCUCAGCAAUACCUAUAUGUCUUUAAAUACAAAUUAAAUCAAAUCUAUCCAAUUCCAUAAUCAGCGAGUUCACUUGUCUGAAAUCAUUUCAUAAAGGUGAAUAAAACACCCUYUAUCAMAACCAUAGUCCCACGGGCAACUCUUCAAUGAUCGUUCUUUCUUUGUAACGAUUUAUAAAAAAAAAAAAAAUUAGAAAAAGAAGGGACUCUUCCUCAUUCGCUUCCAUUCUUCCGAUCCUCUUCUGGCUUCCAUAAAAAGAUAGAAAGCCCUUGACAGUUAGAGACGUAUGUGGGGAGGMAGACACAUGCUUGAYCAAACGAAUUGGUUUCCAAGUCAACUCAACAACCACAACCACACAACAGCCGGACAGGAGAAAUAAAUGAAUUGAAGAAGCCAGACACAAGUACUCGUAUUGCUAUGUUCAGGGUUAAAAAGAAGCAAAUCGUUUUUCUUGUUUCUUUCUCGGUCRUUUUUGCUUUACAGAAAUGGCUUUCACCCCGUCUUUCAUAUCGCUGUUUCUCUUCUUCAACUGGAAACACGCAAAAGAAAUUUCUCUAUUUAAUACAAACUGAGCAAUGCCUACCAACUUAUUUAACGCAACARCAAGUUCUUGGAAACUCGACUGGUUGUAAAUGUGAUGUUCUUGUGUUAAGUUUUAAAACAAAGUGUGACAAAGAAACGACUGUAGAUCACAUUCAGUACUUUUACGGUCCCAAUACCACUUGGUCGUCAGGUAGAAACGCAUUGUACCAACGGGCCUUGAAAAGAAACAUCAACUACCACUACUACAUCUUUGCAGACGAUGACAUAUGGUUGGAAUACAACUCUUACGUAAAUCAGUCCGUUAAGCAUCAACCAGAACUACGUACGUUUGAAAACUUUCUGUUAGACGUAGAGCCGGCGGUGGGUUGUGUUAACUACGGGACACAUCACCCAGCGAUUGUAAUCAAAGCUAUACGAGAACACUGUUUGAAUAUGCCUGAUAUGUCUUUUCUUCCGAUGGUAGAUUUUGAUCCUAUUCUAAAUGCUUUUCACCGGGACGCUUUUCCAUAUUUAAUGCCAUAUACAGAGAAAUACGAUCAAGAAAGUUGGUGGUAUUCCCAUUUGGUCGUCUCCAUCGCCAUCGAAAUAAAGUUUCGAGGCCAAGCAGUUAUGUAUCCAGGCAUCAAUGUUUUUAAUCUUUUACACCGAGAAUACCCUAAAAACAUGACUCGUGGGCAACACGUGAUCAAAAAUGUUCUUGAUAGAGAAAUAUCUGCAAUGCCCGAAAGGUUUCGUGAUCAUUUCGCUGUUACAAGCUACAUGGAUUCACCAGAUGACUAUAAUUUUGGGUAUUGUCAUACGACUUGUAUGGAAAUAGUACCACACCACCCUAUYAUACCAUAUGACCACUUUAAGGAAUAUCAACUUAUCGGUUAUAAAUCAUUAAGUGACGUCUUUAAUGUUACGGCACUUUAUGCAGAUUUAGCUAAAUUAAUUGCUAAGUUGUUGGAGUAAAUAAUGAAAAUCAUUAUCAUCACCAUCAUCUCGCAUGACUGUGAAAAAAAAUUCUUAGUAUGAGAUACUAAUACGCGCAAAUUCGUAGCUUAUUUAACAAUCUGUUAGUUUAUUCGUAUUGCAGUACAAACUCCAGGCUACAUGUAUUUGGUUCCUUUCGACUCAAGCUCGAGGGAUUCUCUAGUUCAAUUCUUUUAUGGACCACCGGUUCUUCUUGGGCUUCACUCGCCUUAUUUAUUUUCCUCAACAGACGCGGUCAUACCAGUUACUAUACCCUUAAAUACACUCCAAAACCCCUUGGGACCCUUCRAACCAAAUACACACUUCACACACCACUCUGUUACACCUAGAAAACGGGAACAUAUUGGCUAAACACGCGUGCUGUCCGCAGCAAGCUUAAAAAACAAAUGUAAAUGAAAAUUUACCAAUAAAAACGA